AUGCGCAAAGCAGGGCGGGAAAGGCGCGGCCUGAGGCGGCCCCGGGCGGACGCGACCACCGCCAUGCCCCCUCCCCGCUGCUCCCGCUGCCCCCUCCCCUCCUCCCUCCUCCGCUCCCGCACCCUCCAACCCUUCUGCCGCCGCUGCUUCCUCCACGCCUUCGAAUCCGAGAUCCUCCAAUCCCUCCUGACACCCCAAAAUCCUCCAGUUUCACCCCAAAAUUCGGGGAUUUCACCCCAAAAUCCACCGAUUUCACCCAAAAAUCCGCUGAUUUCACCCCAAAAUAUUUCACCCCAAAAUCCGCCGAUUUCACCCCAAAAUCCUCCCGUUUCACCCCAAAAUAUUUCACCCCAAAAUUCAGGGAUUUCACCCCAAAAUUCGCCGAUUUCACCCCAAAAUCCCCCGAUUUCACCCCAAAAUAUUUCACCCCAAAAUUCGGGGAUUUCACCCCAAAAUCUGGGGAUUUCACCCCAAAAUCCACCUAUUUCACCCCAAAAUCCCCCGAUUUCACCCCAAAAUUCGGGGAUUUCACCCCAAAAUUCGCCGAUUUCACCCCAAAAUAUUUCACCCCAAAAUCCGGGGAUUUCACCCCAACAUCCGGGGAUUUCACCCCAAAAUCCGCCGAUUUCACCCCAAAAUCUGCCAAUUUCACCCCAAAAUCCGCCCGUUUCACCCCAAAAUCCCCCGAUUUCACCCCAAAAUCCGGGGAUUUCACCCCAAAAUAUUUCACCCCAAAAUUCGGGGAUUUCACCCCAAAAUUUGGGGAUUUCACCCCAAAAUCCGCUGAUUUCACCCCAAAAUCCGCCAAUUUCACCCCAAAAUAUUUCACCCCAAAAUUUGGGGAUUUCACCCCAACAUCCGGGGAUUUCACCCCAAAAUUUGGGGAUUUCACCCCAAAAUUCGGGGAUUUCACCCCAAAAUCUGCCAAUUUCACCCCAAAAUUCGGGGAUUUCACCCCAAAAUUCGCUGAUUUCACCCCAAAAUCCACCAAUUUCACCCCAAAAUCCGGGGAUUUCACCCCAAAAUAUUUCACCCCAAAAUUUGGGGAUUUCACCCCAAAAUCCCCCGAUUUCACCCCAAAUUUCGGGGAUUUCACCCCAAAAUCCUCCCGUUUCACCCCAAAAUCCAGGGAUUUCACCCCAAAAUCCGCCAAUUUCACCCCAAAAUAUUUCACCCCAAAAUUCAGGGAUUUCACCCCAAAGUUCCCCGAUUUCACCCCAAAAUUCCCCGAUUUCACCCCAAAAUCCUCCCGUUUCACCCCAAAAUCCGCCCGUUUCACCCCAAAAUUCGCUGAUUUCACCCCAAAAUCCGCCAAUUUCACCCCAAAAUCCCCUGAUUUCACCCCAAAAUAUUUCACCCCAAAAUCCACCAAUUUCACCCAAAAAUCCGCCGAUUUCACCCCAAAAUAUUUCACCCCAAAAUUCAGGGAUUUCACCCCAAAAUCCGAGGAUUUCACCGAUUUCACCCCAAAAUCCUCGGAUUUCACCCCAAAAUCCUCCGAUUUCACCCCAAAAUCCCCCGAUUUCACCCCAAAUCGGCCACGCCGUGGCCGUGGCGGCCUCGGGGGGCAAAGACUCCACGGUGCUGGCGCACGUCCUGGCGCGGCUCAACCGGCGCCGCCGCCUGGGGCUGCGCUUGGCGCUGCUGGGGGUGGACGAGGGGAUUUCGGGGUACCGGGACGAAGCCCUCGGGGUGCUGAGGGGGGUGGGGGAGGCCCUGCCCCUCCCCCUCCUGCUGGUCUCCCACCGGGAGAUUUUUGGGUGGGGGGUGGAUGAGCUGGGGAAGGUCCUGGGGGGCCGGAGCCGCUGCACCGUCUGCGGGGUCUUCAGGAGGCAGGCGAUGGAGAGGGCGGCCAGGGAGAUGGGGGCGGAUUGGAUCGCUACUGGCCACAACGCCGACGACGUGGCCGAGACGGUUCUGAUGAAUUUCCUGCGGGGCGACGUGGCCCGGCUGCGGCGCGCGGCCAACGAGGCCUCGGGGGCCACCAACCUCACCUUGGGGGCCACCAACAGCACUGGGGCUACCAACGUCACCUCGGGGGCCACCAACGUCACUGGGGCUACCAACGAGACCUUUGGGGCCACCAACAUCACUGGGGCCACCAACAAGACCUCGGGGGCCACCAACAGCACUGGGGCCACCAACAUCACUGGGGCCACCAACGUCACUGGGGCCACCAACGUCACUUCUGGGGUCACCAAUGGCACCACGGCCACCAACGAGACUUUGGGGGCCACCAACGAGACCUCGGGGGCCACCAACGCGGCCUCGGGGGCCACUGGGGCCGCCCCUGGGGCCACCAACGUCACUGGGGCCACCAACUUCACCUGUGGGGCCACCAACAUCACUGGGGCCACCAACAAGACCUCUGGGGCCAACAACUUCACCUCUGGGGUCACCAACAGCACUGGGGCCACCAACGUCACUGGGGCCACCAACGAGACCUCGGGGGCCACCAACGAGGCCUCUUGGGCCACCAAGGGCAUCCCCGGGGCCACCAAGUCAACGGAACCCUUGGAGAACCCAAGAGAACCCAAGAAGAACCCAAUGGAACCCUUGGAGAACCCAAUGGAACCCAAGGAGAACCCAAUGGAACCCUUGGAGAACCCAAUGGAACCCAAGGAGAACUUAACGGAACCCAAGGAGGACUCAAUGGAGCUCUUGGAGAACCCAACAGAACCUUUGGAGAACCCAAUGGAAUCCCACCAGAACUCAAUGGAACCCUUGGAGAACCCACCCAAACCCCACUGGAACCCACCCAAAACCCACCAGAACCCAACGGAACCCCACCAGAACCCAAUGGAACCCUUGGAGAUCCAACCAAAACCCCACCAGAACCCAAUGGAACCAUUGGAGAACCCACCAGAACUGAACCAGAACCCAAUGGAACCCAACAAGAACCCAAGGGAACCAUUGGAGAACCCACCCAGAACCCACCAGAACCCAAUGGAACCAUUGGAGAACCCAACCAAACCCCACCAGAACCCACCCAGACCCCACCAGAACCCAAUGGAAUCCCACCAGAACCCACCCAGAUCCCACCAGAACCCAAUGGAAUCCCACCAGAACCCACCCAGAUCCCACCAGAACCCACCCAAACCCAACCAGAACCCAAUGGAGUCCCACCAGAACCCACCCAGACCCCACCAGAACCCACCAGAACUCAACCAGAACCCACCCAAACCCCACCAGCACCCACCACCACCCCGCCGUCCCCCCAGGAGCUCCCCGUGUCCCCCGGUGCCGCGGCUGAAGCCGCUGCGCCACGCGGCGCAGAAGGAGAUCGUCCUCUACGCCCACUUCCGCGGGCUACCCUACGCCAGCGCCGAGUGCCACCACGCCCCGCUGGCCUUCCGCGGCCACCCCCGGGCGCUGCUGAAGGAGCUGGAGGCCACCAGGCCGGCGGCGGUGGCCGCCCUGGCCCACUCGGGCCGGCGGCUGGCGCUGGGGGUGGCCCCCGGGGCGGGGGCGGGGGCGUGCGGGCGCUGCGGCGCGGCGGCCAGCGGCGACACCUGCAUGGCUUGCGCCCUGCUGGACGCGCUGGACAAGGGGAGGCCAAAGCUGGCCCUGGGCAAGAGAGGGGUGAGGGUGGCC